CGUCCCUCCAUGUCACUGCAAGAAGCCUCUGGCCCUCGAAGUUUUCGAGACAAGGCCCCGCUGCCGCCUUCGUCGCGCGAAUUGGGCGAAGCCACUCCUCCAAGACAGCCAGAUGGCGCUUCGCUAGCAAAAGCAGACGCCAAGUCGGGCAAGUCAUGGGCGCAUUUCGUCGCCGGCGGUCUCGGCGGCAUGGCCUCUGCGACCUUGACGGCUCCGCUUGACGUGCUCAAGACUCGUCUCCAAUCCACCUUUUACCAGCAGCACCUCGCCGCCAUGCGCGCGGUCAGAGGAUUGCCGCCCAUAGAAACCAUGUCUUUCGCCCGAAGCUCGCUUCUACACGUCCGCGAAACAGGAGAGAUAUUGUGGCAAGUCCCCAAGGCAGAGGGAUGGCGCGCGCUGUUCAAAGGCCUGGGGCCCAAUCUUAUCGGCGUGGUCCCCGCCCGCGCCAUCAACUUUUUUGCCUAUGGCAACGGCAAGCGAUUGAUCAGCACACACUUCAAUAACGGACAGGAGGCGGCAUGGGUGCAUCUCUGUAGUGCCGCCGCCGCCGGUGUUAUAACCGGGACUGCAACAAAUCCCAUCUGGCUGGUCAAGACGCGGUUGCAAUUGGACAAGAACACACACGCCGACGGCCGGGGUCGGCAGUACAAGAAUGCUUUUGACUGCACAAUGCAAACCAUACGAAAAGAAGGUGUUCGCGGGCUAUACCGCGGACUGACGGCCAGCUAUCUCGGAGUGACCGAGAGCACAUUGCAGUGGAUGCUGUAUGAGCAGAUGAAGUUGGCGUUGGCACGGCGAGAAGAGCGGGUUAUUGCCAGUGGCAAACCACCGACAGUAUGGGACCAGACUGUCGCAUGGACGGGAAAACUGACUGCCGCUGGGUCGGCCAAGUUCGUGGCUGCACUCAUCACAUACCCUCACGAAGUCAUUCGCACAAGGCUACGACAAGCACCCAUGGCCGAUGGCCGACAAAAGUAUACUGGCCUCGUCCAAUGCUUCCGACUGGUCUGGAAAGAAGAAGGCAUGGCGGCACUCUAUGGUGGUCUUGUUCCCCACAUGUUCCGCGUGGUACCCAGUGCUGCCAUCAUGUUUGGCACAUAUGAAGGCGUGCUGAAGCUACUUGGGGAGAGCAGCAACAUGUAAAGACGCAAAUGUUUUUGAUAUAUGCGGGGACGUGUACAAAAUUCGAUGCAUGACACGGCGUUUUGAAAGCAGAGGGAAGGAUAUUUGGUUGGCAUUUUCGGGCGUCCUCACAUCACCACUCAGCUGCUGUUGAGCUUGUAUUUGUAUAAUGUGGAUUAGGACCAAGAAAAAAUGAGGAUAUGACAUG